AUGCCCCUGCAAUCUUGCCAAAACAUAAAGUCUCGAGCCUUAUAUUGGAACAAUUCCAUCACAAUUUAUUACACUCAAUAUUGGAUUAUUGGUGCUCGCAAUGAAAUUAAGCCAAUUAUUAAAACUUGUGUCGUACUUGUACGUGAUAAUGCAAAAACAGAGACUCAGCUUAUGGGAAAUAUACCAACUCCUAGAGUUACACCAUCACGUUCAUUCUCACAUGUUGGAAUAGACUACGCAGGUCCAUUUUCAAUUCGCUCUAGUUCUGGUCGUGGAAUCAAGUCGCACAAAGCUUGCAUUGCAGUCAUUGUAUGUUUUGCUGUUAAAGUCAUCCACCUAGAAUUAGCUCACGAUUAUUUAACAGCUUCCUUUAUAGCAGCGCUUAAUCGUUUUACUUCGCGACGUGGACUUCCCACAGAUAUUUACAGCGAUAACGCUACUAACUUUCGCGGCUCUGAUCGAGAGCUUUCGCGAGCCUUUCGGAAAUUACAAAACGAUUCAAAUUUAGCUUCUUUGUUUGCCGCAGAUAGCACUACUUGGGACUUUGUACCACCAAUUGCUCCUCAUUUUGGAGGAUUGUGGGAAACGGGAGUUAAACGUUUAAAUUACAUCUACGAAAAAUAUUGUCAAAGUCUACGCCUUCUACUGACGAGCUCGAAACUCUUUUAUGUCAAAUAG